UUCUUGAGUGGGACAGCGUCUGCACGCAUCAGUGCGCGUGUGCAUGCAAUUCGAUGGGAAACCGUUUGUGUGCGAGUGAAGAAAAUGAUGACAAUCAGUUACCAACCGCUCCAGCCAAAAUGACGGUUCGAAGAACCAAGUCUGCACCAGAUGAUUCAAUCAAUGAUGAAGAGUACACAGACGCCAACCGUUCACGGUCUCUAUUACUUCACAUCAAACGACGCCUAAGCAAGAAAGAACGAGCACGUGAAGGAAACUAUCCGCUUCCUUCUGUUCCACAAGAUGAACCCUACCUGACAGUCAGCAGUACAGAAGGCACACUCAAGUGUAACCUUGAAAGACAACCAUACUCAGACACAGACAAAGCGGAUGGUUAUAUCUCGGUAGGUGACACAGAUAAAAAGACGGCAAAGACAUCCCUCUUAGCGAAUAAUGCAGGAAAAGGAGAGACUGUGAUUACUUCAACAGACAACAGCAAGUCAUCAAAGCAUCACAGCUACUGCAACUUAGAGACAAAACAAGAAACAGAUCAUGCAGCAAGUCAAGACAAUAACAAACCACAUAGAAAAGCAGAUCCACCGUAUCACAACCUCAAUCCGUCAGCACUCUCUGCAAAGUCAAGCAAACUGCCAAGUCAAGACGAUAAGAAGCCAGCUGGUAAAACAGAUCCACCGUAUUACAAUCUCAACCCGCCAGCACUCUCUGCAAAGUCAAACAAACUGCCAAGUCAAGACGAUAAGAAGCCAGCUGGUAAAACAGAUCCACCGUAUUACAAUCUCAACCCGUCAGCACUCUCUGCAAAGUCUAACGAACUGCCAAGUCAAGACGAUAAGAAGUCAGCACUCUCUGCAAAGCCAAACGUGUGCUCACUGUCAAAAGCUCAGAAACCAGACAAAACAAAACCAUAUGUAAAGUUGUGUACACAAUAACAUCAUACAACUGUUUUGUAGUUCUUGCAUGUCGAUUAUUACAAAUUUAGAAUUAAGUCUCACAAUCAACAAUCUAUAGAUAAAAGGGCUGUAUUUAGUAAGUUAACAAUCUUGUUUAUUACAAAGCUGAUUCCAAUGUCACAAUUUAGCGUUUCAUGAUACUUGAGACACAGACAACGUGCAUGGUUACAAAUGUUAGGUCUUUAUAACAGCCGCCUCAGCCAACAUUUCCAAUCCAUCUAACUCUUCCUUGAAACAUUUCUGAUAUCUGUGUAAAUUGCUCUCAGCUGCGUCUCGCCAGAGAAGGUGUUUGUUUCAAGGGAAGGUCCUCUAGAGUACAGAGCGUGGAUAUACCAUCAUGUUUGGUUAACAGUCUCUUUCAUAUAUAUAAGACCAUGCAGAGGCCAGUACGUGUGACCUGAUGAAUAGUAUACUGUGUGCUUCGUUCUCUCAAAACCAAGAAGUUAGAAUUGUUCUGUCAUAAUGGAGACACACAGAAGUAAUCAAUCCAUGUCUCAUACCCCAAAUCUUGGUUUGUGCCAACACUUCACACUUCCUGGUCUAACGUGAUCAUGAUUGAAUACCAAUUAAUAACUUUUAGGCGAUUAUCUGAUCUGAUAGAAAUACUACUACACUACUAAUAUAUUUUGAAUCAUACCUAUACAGGUACAGUGCAUACCCUGGGUUACAGAAAACACUACACACAAAAAAAGUAGAUAAACACUACACAAACUAUAGACAAACAAUGAUUUCUUCAAGAUCAUCCAGCUUGUGUGAGAAUCGACCAGUCAUGAUCACGAAGAAUAAAUUUGAGUUGAAGUCAAAUGACAAAAGUAUUUCAUCAAGUUUAGAAGACCCUCACGGAAUCCAAGAUCCAACUGCAGAAUAUUAUAUCAUCAUAGUUCUGCACUAGCUGCAUGAAUCGCCAUACAUAGGCAUUACAGUAUACUAGUCCACAGGAAGAGGUAUUGAUACAUCGCAGGUACUAGAAUAGCUAGAAUAAGCCACAAGCUUUCGGAAAUCAAUCUCCCAAAAAACCAAUUUCCCAUUGCGAUAUCGCAAUGAUCAGAUGUUACGUCUGUAGACCAGCUAUUUCCCGGAUGUUGUCUACGGCGCUGCGCCCUAGACUACAGCAACUAGCGCGUAGACGCACCUCUAAAUUCUAAAACUCUAGAGCAAGUUUCAGAACGACGUGUUGACGCACAAGAACUAACU